AUAAACCACGUGUUCAACGCUGCAGCUCCGGAAGCGUCACUAGAAUUUGUAGACGGAUAGACACUGACAGCGUCAUGGCCGACAGGAAGUCCCAGUUUGUGGUGGAAGGAGAGGCGUCUGAGUCGGACUCGGACGAGGAGAUGUACGCGACGCCUGGACUCACGGUUCCGGGUGAAGCCUCAGAGACGGAAAGCGAAGAUGAGGAAACAAAAGUCUCCGCGUUCCAUCAUCACUUACCGCCUCUCACUGUCGAUCGCCAUGACGACGUGUCCAUCACUCAGCAGAGCCCGACCACGCCCACACACAGCAGCCAUGUCAACUCGCUUCUGCAGCAGAAACUGCAGGAGAGCAACGUGCGUCUGUGCGCUGACGUGAGCCAGAGCGUGAGACAGGUUUAUCACGGAGCCACCAGAGACAUCAAAGCAGCCACGGCACACCUGAGUCACUCACAGGGUGUCAUCAUCGCUACCUCGCACACCGUCCGCGUCACCAUGGACGAUCUCCGAGCCGUGUGUGACAAGAUCGACAUCAUCACUAGCUGUCGCUUGCUGCCUGACAUCGCUAUGACGACAGCUUCAGCACCCACGAUGCCCUGCUCCGCUCCUCGUUAGACUAAAUCACGCUAGCACUCUGUUCUCCAUGAGAGUCUGGGGACUGUUACAACACCAGAACCCAUGAGGAUGGGAGUUCACAAUUCUCUGAUGGAGAGACAGACAGUGUGAAGCUUCUCAGGACAGACAGACAGGGAGCAGCCUGGAGGUUAUGGGUUUAAAUCCCAAACUGUGUUUAAGUCCAAGUUCUGUCUGAAAACCUGCACCACAGUGUUUAAAGCCCAGAUCUGACCGAGACCCUGUGGCCAUACAGCUGUGGGUUUAAACCUCAGCACUGAUAGAACAGUGUGUUAAACUGGUGUCUUUCUGCUUCCCGGACGUCCUGGGACUCAAACUCACAACUUAGUGUUAAUGGAAAUAAAAUUGUUUGUCUGUACUUUAUUCUGUAUGAUUGUGUAUAUUUCACAUAAACAUAUCACAGAUCUCUGAAUCAUUGUCAUGUGAUCAUGUGGGUGUUGUUUCGUGUGUCUAUGAACUGUACAUAAAAUUCUUCUGAAACA